UGUUUUUAGACUGUCUAGUGAAAAAGACCCUCCUAUUCAGCCUGUUAGUCAUCUACAUUACAUUUAACUGUCAGUAGAUGUGUUAACUUCUGAAAUUAUCCAAUUAAGUUUUUUUAAAGUCCAGUACUGUGGCCAGCGCUGUGACAUAGCAGGUAAAGCCUCUGCCUGCAGUGUCAGCAUCCCAUAUAGGCACUGGUUCGAGUCUCGGCUGCUCCACUUCUGAUCCAGCUCUCUGCUGGAAAGCAGUAGAAGAUGGCCCAGAUCCUUGGGCCUCUGCACCCAUGUAGGAGACCCGGAAGACACUCCUGGCCCUUGUCCUCAGAUCGGCGCUGUUCCAGACGUUCGGCCGUCUGGGGAGUGAACUAGCAGAUGGAAGACUCUCUUUCUCUGUCUCUCUCUCUCUGUGUCUGUUUAGUGACUUGUGGCAAAAUUUUAUCUUAAAUCAAUGUGAUUCUUUCUUGUUUUGGGAGACGGUGGAGGUAUCCUCAUUAGUUUGUUCUUUCUUCAGGCUUGUGUCUUUAGUUGCGUGGCUGCACAGGCCUGCCAUAUGAUUUAAGCCGUCUCUUUUCAUUCAAUGUUUCUCUUCCUGAGAGACUUACUAAAGCAACUUAGUGGCAAAAGGACCAACUGUAGACCUGCGCCACAGAAAAAAGCCAAAGUCUUCAGAAAAUAAGGAUCCUGCCAAAGAAGAGAAAGUCAAUGACACUCCAAUUCCUGAAAGAGCUCCAAAACGAACUUGAACGAGAAAUCACUUUUCAAGGUGACAGUGCCAUUUAUUACUCUUACUAUAAAGAUAUGUUAAAGGCGCCUUCAUUUGAAAGAGGUGUUUACGAAUUGACACACAAUAACAAGACUGUGUCUCUGAAAACUAUAAAUGCAGUGCAACAAAUGUCACUGUAUCCAGAACUUAUUGCCAGUGUUUUAUAUCAAGCAACUGGCAGCAAUGAGAUUAUUGAACCAGUAUAUUUCUAUAUUGGCAUUGUCUUUGGAUUGCAGGGAAUUUAUGUUACCGCUUUAUUUGUUACAAGUUGGCUUAUGAGUGGAACAUGGCUGGCAGGAAUGCUUACUGUUGCCUGGUUCAUUAUUAACAGGGUAGAUACAACAAGAAUUGAAUACUCCAUUCCUUUAAGAGAAAACUGGGCACUACCAUAUUUUGCAUGCCAAGUUGCUGCACUUACAGGCUAUUUAAAAAGCAACUUAAAUACUUAUGCAGAGAGGUUUUGCUAUUUGUUGAUGAGUGCCUCAACUUACACAUUUGUGAUGAUGUGGGAAUAUAGCCACUAUCUCUUGUUUCUUCAAGCAGUGUCUCUUUUCCUGCUUGAUGUCUUUUCACUGGAACAGAGUGACAAGGUUCAUGAAGUUUAUAAAAUCUACAUAUUUUCUCUCUUUCUGGGAUAUUUACUACAAUUUGAGAAUCCAGCUUUAUUGGUGUCUCCGUUAUUAAGUUUAGUAACAGCCUUAAUGCUCACUAAGUGCCUUCAGUUGAAUAUGAAGAAAGGAACUUUCAUAGCCAAAAUAAUGAAAGUGAUUAAUUUUUACUUGGUGUGUGCUCUGACUGUGACAUUGAAUGUUUUAAUGAAGAUGUUUGUCCCACACAAAGAAAAUGGGCAUAUGCUGAAAUUCCUUGAAGUAAAAUUUGGACUAAAUAUGACUAAGAAUUUUACAAUGAAUUGGCUUCUCUGUCAAGAAUCCCUGCAGACACCAUCUCAAGAUUUUUUUUUGCGACUAACACAGUCUUCUUUAUUACCUUUCUAUAUUUUAGUGUUAACUAUUUGUCUUCUUUCUAUGGUGCAAGUUAUUUUUAGGAGAAUUAAUGGUAAGUCUGUGAAAGAAAGUAUUACUCUUGAAGAUGGACGAAUUGGAGAAAGGCCAGAAGUAAUUUAUCACAUAAUUCAUACUGUUUUAUUGGGUUCUCUUGCAAUGGUUAUAGAAGGUCUGAAGUACAUCUGGACACCUUAUAUGUGCAUGUUGGCAGCGUUUGGCGUGUGUUCUCCUGAACUUUGGAUGACACUUUUCAAGUGGCUGCGAUUAAGAACUGUGCACCCGAUAUUGUUGGCUCUUAUUCUGAGCAUGGCUGUGCCCACUAUAAUAGGUCUCAGUUUAUGGAAAGAGUUCUUCCCAAGAUUAAUGACAGAAUUAACAGAACUACAGGAAUUCUAUGAUCCAGAUACAGUGGAACUUAUGACCUGGAUAAAAAGGCAAGCCCCACUUGCUGCUGUGUUUGCAGGGAGCCCACAGUUAAUGGGUGCCAUUAAAUUAUGCACUGGAUGGAUGGUGACAAGCUUGCCUGUUUACAAUGACGACGAUCUUCUCAAGAGAAAUGAAAAUAUCUAUCAAAUCUAUUCAAAACGAUCUGCUGAGGAUAUUUAUAAAAUACUGACAUCCUACAAGGCUAAUUACCUAAUUGUAGAGGAUGCCAUCUGCAAUGAGGUGGGAACAAUGAGAGGCUGUAGGGUUAAAGACUUACUGGAUGUUGCAAAUGGCCAUGUGGUUUGUGAAGAAGGUGACAAGUUAACCCACUCGAAAUAUGGGCGAUUUUGUCAUGAGGUCAAAAUUAACUAUUCUCCAUAUGUGAAUUAUUUCACUAGAGUAUACUGGAACAGAUCCUACUUUGUAUAUAAAAUCAACACUGUGAUAUCCUUCCAGUCUUGAAAAAUAACAGAGCCUUCAUUUCAAAGACUUGCGCUACCUGAAGUAAAAUGCGAUUUUCUUCUUACCUACAGUGGUGUCUGUUGCAGAUCAGAGUAUGGACAUUUGAAAUACUGCUGCUUUUUCCCCUGCCUGCUGUUACCUGGAUCCAGAGUUCUGUGGGAAACAGCUCAAGCGUUACUGUCCUUUGGUAAAAUGUCAAAUCUACUACUCUGCAAUUUCCAGACAGGCGUCUUUUUUUCUAUUACAUGGUGUUUAAAGAUUUUAUGUAUUGCAGCAUCUUCCACAUAAAUCUUCAUCUUACCAUGAUGUUGAUCUUGAUUUUGAAUAUGUUCAAGAUCAGAGUGUAUCUCUCAAAUUAAUAGAUACUUAAUGUGCUAUAACUAUAUAAUAGAAGGAAAGAAUUAUUCUCACCCUCACGAAAGUUUCUGAAGGUAUGUAAUGGUUUAUAACAACUGAAAAUUCACAAUAAAAACUAAUUUAAAUGUUAGCUGAAACUCUCUGGCAUUUAAAUCAAAACAGAAAUUAUAUAAAAGAAAAUGAUAUUUAAGGAUAUAUGUAAAGAUAUAUCCAGAAUUUUCUGCUUGUACUGCACUCGUCAUCUGCUGCCUAUAUAUGAGCACUUUCUUAGUAAUCUAUAGUGCAUGAUAUUGCAUUUUUUAUUUUAUGACUAUCUGUUAAGUGAUUAGCUUUUUUCACUUAUGUCCAUUAAUUUGAUAGCAAUAUAAUCAUGAUAAAACAAUAAUUCUUGUUAUCUAUAUAUAUUUUUAAAACAGACAUUUAAAAAAUGUUCAGGCUUUUAAAAAUAUGUGGGUGUGGGAUAAUUUAUUCAUAUUUUACAUUGAAGCAUUAAAUAAAAAUUAAAAAAUCUUUAACAGAAUAAGCAUAUGCACACCAAAAUGAGCAACCAUUUUGGGAGGUUUAUGCAGACAAUAUAAACAUACUUCUGCAUACAGAUAUUUAUUAUAAAAUACAAGUGAUAUUCAUUUAUGAAACUGUGAUGGAAGUUUUCAAAGUGACAGAAUGACAAUUAAAAUAAAAGUUAAAACACAGUUUCACAGUCUAAAUGUUACAUUGCUUUAAGUUUUUUUGUAUUUUUAUCAUUUGUUAAAAUAAACUUUAAGUAAUUUGGUCUUUUAAAGAAAUUCAGAAUAGAUGUAACCUAUACAUGUAUCAUUUUAAUAAGAUGAAAUGCAUGUUAGUUUUUUCUUUAACACCUUUUCAGUGAACAGGUUUUCUAUAUUUUCACUUGUUAGAGUGAGUACUGUAGCAGUUGCAUUAUCAGAACUCUAAAUUCCUGCCAGUUAGAAGGGAGUAUCUCUCUGUUUUUAUUUUUGUAAUAUGUGUAUUUUUAAAGUGCAUGCAUUCUUAGACUAACUCUAGGAUGCUUUGCUCUUUGGAAGCUGAAGAACCCUUUGAUAUUGUUAAUGUAUUUGAUGCAUUAGUCUCAUUGGUUCUAGUUUCACUCUUCUAUAUGUUUUUUUUUUUUAAACUAUGGUAAGAUAGCUGCAGACAAUGUGCUUCAAACUGACUCUGCAUCUUAGUUGUGAGCAGCUAGUGUUUGCUUCAAGCCUUAUGAAGAUACUACCAUAAUUAUGUAAAUACAUAGUGAACAGUCAUGUGGUAGUACUUGUGAUUAGAGCAUGUGAAACAAUGUAACUUAAAAGUCAGCUUGCAUAUUUUGAAGGGAAAAUAGAAUACCUUCCUUUCUAUGUAGUAUGAAAUAUUUGAGUUUUUAUUCAUUUAUAUUAUGACCAGAUUGCUGUAUUAGUUUUGGUUGUGUUUUAUUAGUAAGUUGCUUUUGCUUCUGUCACUUCAUUUCCUAAAUAAAAUAGAUUUGUGACAUUUUAAUUGAAUUUGUUAAAUAAUGAAUUUUUCAUGCAGCAUCAGUUGGAAAGGAAAAAUAAGCUUUUAAAUAGGUAUGAUAAUAUUGUUUAUGAGAGAUAAGCUUGUUUGCUUCCAUUUUAAUUGCAGUUAAAACAGUAGUACUGGGAAUCUUUAAGUAGGAAGCCUUUGAUUCAGUUCCUUAUUCAUCUGUAGAGUAACAGAUGGUUAGUGCAAGCAACUGGUAACUUAACAGCAGUUAGGUUUGACAGUAAAGCUCUACUGUGAAAAGACAAAGUCUGUGGGUUUUGGGUGGAAGGAAUUUCUCAAAUGUAAAAAAAAAAUUUCACCCUUGAUGUUGCAGACUCAUUGAAAUAAGUGCCUUAACUUCUUUAUUUCUAAGUUUACUUUUCUUGUUUUGUGUUUUUAGACACCGGAUAUUCUGAGAUCAGCUUAUGGUUUAUUUUCCCAAAAAUGUUAUCUAUUCCCUAUGAAAACUUUGCUAAUUUUUUCCUCAUUAAUAAAAUCCCUUACUGUGCUGUUGUUACUAUUAUUGUUAACCCAGUAAUAAGCAAAACUUUGUUAAAUAUAGGAAUGGGACUUCUAGUCUCCUAAAUUUAUUUAGCUUCUGAAAUGUCAAGUAAUCCAAUAAGUAAAACUUAUUUAAAUGAUCAGGUCUGUGAUGUUGACUCUGCAGAUGUCUAACUUGGCAUCUGUAUCUUGGUGCUUUUUGUUAGACCGGUAGAGUUUUGCAACCGCAUGAACAGUCAUGUGCUGCAUAAUGGCAUUUUGUUCAGUGACAGAUUGCAUAUACAACAUUGGUCCAAUAAAAUUACAUCGCUGAGUGAUACCAUAGCUGGGUGAGUUUGUGUAAGUACACCGAAUGGUUUUCACACACAGUGAAAUUGCCUGACAAUACAUUUCUCAGAACGUGUCCCGAAUGAUAAGUGACACAUGACUGUGUUGUACCUGAGUGGUUUUCUCUUCACUGUUUUCUGUGUGUUAUAGAUAGCCAUUUAUUCCCCCAAGAUGUUAACCCAAGUCAUCAGUAGCCUCAAUGUUGUGAUAUUUUUCCAGAUUGUCCAGACUAAAAGAAAAGCAGAAAUGGAACUUGAAGUGUGCUUUAAAAGAAAUGUAAUAGAUUUAAAAGAAAUGUAAUAGAUUAUUACAUUUCUUGAAGGGUACAUUUCUUGAAGAGUAGCGAUCUUAAUGGGUUAUUUUAUUUCUGAGAAAUCAGUUGUUUUGGACCUUUUCUAUUUUUGAACUGUUCAAAUAUUUGAUGCCUUUUGUGGAUAAAAGUAGUGCCUCUCUUUAUACAGUUGAUGGGAUUUUAAAAGUUGUAAGUUCAUUUUUUGGUAAAUUUAUUUUUAAUGCAUGAAUAUUUAAAAGGCAUACAUUUUUAAUUGUUCUGUAUAUUUAAGACCCUUUUGUAAAGUAAAUAAUGACUUCCUGAUUAACAUCUCAAUAUAUUCUCUCUUUAUUUGUCCAAGUUUUUAAAUAGUUAAUGUUGUUGCUAUUUACUAGUAGUUUUCAUUUCUAAUUAGUAUUAAAAUUUCACCUCUGAAAAGUUGCAAGUAAAAUUCAAUUUCUUAUUGAAAUAAUAUCUCUUUAUUAAGGUUUUGAAUGUGUAGGGUUAACACUUUAUAUAAAAAUUGAUGAGAAAAUUGUAAAAAAAUUUUAGUAUAGAGGCAUUUUUGAAUAAUUUCCGCUUAUAAGUCUUAAAAUGUGGGAAAUUUUGAUAUUGGGAUACAUAAUCCCUUGUGCAGUUCUAUAAGAGAUGCAGCAAAUUUGUAUCCACUGUAUACAUUUAGUAGAAUGAUGACAUCACAGAGAAGCAUGCAGUCCAAGCUGAGAGUUUGAAAUAUCUUAUAAACAACCCUUUCGUGUUCUAAGUUUAUUAACUUAGAUGAAUACAGCUCUCUUUGUUUUCAUUGACCUCAGAGCCAUACCUGUGACAGUGUUCAUUCAUUUAGAUUGAAUAUGUUCCUGCUGCAACUGCAUCUUUGCAAGAUACUAAAAGUCACUUUCAGCAACUAUAGGUCUUUAAAAGAGUUGGAUUAUAAACUCAUUUACUUCCGAUUCUGUAGCACUUUUAUCAAGAAUAAACUUUCAUGUUAUCCUCGUUGUUCUGUUUCCAUAAUAAAACUUUUCAGGAUUUAA